GUGUGUCCUCAACUCAACAUGUUCAUGUUCAAUAAUACCACAUCAUCACCCUCAAACUUCCUCCUCACUGCCUUCCCCGGGCUGGAACUUAAUCACGUCUGGAUCUCCAUUCCUGUCUGCUGUCUGUACACCAUUGCCCUCUUGGGAAACAGCAUGAUCUUGCUUGUCAUCAUCAACGAGCGGAGACUGCACAAGCCCAUGUACUAUUUCCUUUCCAUGCUGUCAGCUGUUGAUCUAUGUCUGACCAUCACAACCCUUCCCACUGUGCUUGGGAUUCUCUGGUUCCAUGCCAGGGAGAUCAGCUUUAAAGCUUGCCUCAUUCAAAUGUUCUUCUUGCAUAUCUUCUCCUUCCUGGAGUCCUCCGUGUUGGUAGCCAUGGCCUUCGACCGUUUCAUGGCUAUCUGCAACCCAUUGAAGUAUGCUACUGUCCUCACAGACAUGAUGAGUCUGGUCAUCGGACUGGUCAUCUGCAUACGAGAAAUCAUUUUUGCAGUUCCCUGUGUUCUAGCCUUGAAGAAUAUGUCUUUCCAUGGAGGACAAGAGCUUUCCCACCCAUUUUGCUAUCACCCAGAUAUGAUCAAAUACACACUUUCCAACAACUGGAUCAGCAGUUUCUGGGGCAUGUUUAUUCUGCUCUAUCUGAAUGGCACGGAUUUACUGUUCAUUAUUUUCUCCUAUGUCCUUAUCCUCCGCACUGUUCUGAAUAUUGUGGCCCCCAAAAAGCAGCAAAAAGCUCUCAGCACCUGUGUCUGUCACAUCUGUGCUGUUACUGUUUUCUAUGUGCCAAUGAUCAGCCUCUCUCUGGCACACCGCCUUUACAGUUCCACCCCAAAGGUGAUCUGCAGUGUUCUGGCUAACAUCUAUCUGCUCUUACCACCUGUUCUGAACCCUAUCAUUUAUAGUUUGAAGACAGAGACGAUCCGCCAGGCAAUGUUACAGCGGCUCUGGUCCAGGGGUUCACAGGUUCUCAGUGGGAGAGGUCAUAGAAGGUGA